UCUGUUCUCUACAGUGUGGCAUCCAGAGGCGUCUGUCGUUGAGCGAGAAAUGCUAAGUGAGCAGCCACAUUUGUUAAGCAUCGAGGAGCUCAGCCAUCAUCUCGCCGAGAGUUACCUCACCUUCAGCCUUUACAUCCAAGAAAUGCUUCAGUAUAAACAGCAAAACCACGGCAAGUUCUGCAUCAUGAUGUGUUCUGGAUGUGUCAUGCUGGCCGUGGUUGGACAUUACGUUCCCGGGAUUAUGAUCUCCUACAUCAUAUGUGAGCAAACUUCCCUCGGUUGUGUUUGUUGAUUUCCAUACAUUACAUUUACACACACUGCUGCCCUUUUGCACCAGCU